AUGAAUAUAACUCCAAUGGAAGAUUUGGAUUGUGAUUCACAUAAUUUAGGUUUUGAUAAUGAAGACAGAAAUUGCAACGAAAAUAAUAAUGAUGAAAUUCAAAGUUCUGAAGAAAUUAAUGAUG